AUGUCCAUCAUAUCUUACUUUCCUAACAAUGCAGAGCAGCCUACUCAGCUGGCUCGUCUGGUUCUAGCCAAAUUCUCCUACACGACAACAUCAACGCUUCACAACGCGCCCCUGAAUUGGAAUCACAUCAUUGGACAAGGGGAUAUUGAGGCUGUAUUCGAGAGGUACCAUGCAUCAGGGCUAGGAACUCCUCACGGUCUUGGGAAGACAGUUCUGAAAGUGUCACAGCAUGCUAAGGUGCUAGAAGAGUUGAACUUGAAUCUCUUGACGCAAGAAGCUGUUUCUCAAUCUCGAUCCAUGCAGAUUGGGAAUGCGAAACCUACAGUAGCUGUGAUUGUCAAGUCGCCGUGUCUGGCUGUCCGCUACCCCCGGUCUAUGGGCCAGAUCCGUCGUUUCCAACUUAAAUUCUCAUCCGACCAUGACUACUAUACGGCGUUGGCUAUCUUGAGUGAGAUCAACUGCCCAUUCACUGAGUCGAGCGGCGGCCCUUCGGUGCAAACAACCCUGAGACCUGCGUCUUCAUCUUCGCAAAUACGCCCAGCUUCAGCAUCUGUGGCUGGGACAGGCUUUUCGGCCCCAGUCAGAAGCAGUGGGCUGGCUCCUGUGUUCAAUACUGCCUUCGACGCGAGAGCAUUCACGGGAAGCAAUCCAUAUGGAACUUCAAUUAGUGCACCGCGGUCAUCCAUAUCCUCAUCCUCCUCGUACACUGUCUCUACCGGAUUCGAGCCGGCCACUGGGAAUCGAGCCGGUCUUCAGCACGAAGAGAACCAUGCAUUACAAUCCUUGCCUCAAAGGAGUCCAUAUUUCAACCAGGGUACAUCUCAUGGGGAAGGAUCCGCAUUUGGGACUCGCCCUUCAACAGCACCGGUGUCUGGCUACCAUGACAUUGAGUCUUUGAACCAGAUCCUGCCACCAAAAAGAGAGCUUCCCUUUGCCAGACCCCUUGCGAAGAAGACUAAGACGGCACAGGAUCCUCCGAAGACCGCGUCUUCUGGUCAACUCAGAGAAUCAGAAGCUGAGCCAUCUGCAGCGAGCAGGUCUCUUGAACCAACCGGCAACAUACUCCCAGACAAAACCCAUCUUACACAGCUUCCUCCAAAUACUUACAAUGACUCAAGGCCUCGCGUUCCAUUACAGAAAAACGCUGCUCACUUAAACCCAGAACAGCUUCAGACACCCAAUCCGCAGCUUUCAACGAAUCACUCUCCUCUAUCCCAGUCUCUUGGUAUUCUCUCAUCAGCAGACCUAUCCGCAUACCUAGUCAAACCAGUACCUGAGCGUUCCGCCCUCGUUGAAUCGUGGAAGGUGUUUGGAAAAGGAUUACUUUCGGACGAUGAGGAGAAGAAAUGA